AUGUUUACUUUUGGAAAAAUUUGGUUCAGAUGAGACUAUGGAAUGUUACAUAACUUAUAAACAUUUCUGUUUACCUAGUUUAAAAAUUCAUUAUUCUUCUAACUAUUAAGCUUUGUGACUUCACUAUUCUUUGGAACCAGAGUUGGGAAACAUAGAGGAAUAAAGACACUGUCUGAGACUUAGCAUCUUAUGGUCUAGGCAGGGAUUAUCCAUUUAAACAACAAACUCUUAAAAUUAUCAGAUAGUGUGAUAGAUGAUCUCUGCCUUCAGGAAAUGUUUAUUUGCCAUGAAGAUCAGUUGUCCAUAACAAAAACAGUCAUUAAUUUGUGUUUGUGUGUGUGGUUUUUGGUAGAAUGUUUUCCAGUUUGGGUUUGUCUGAGACUUUCUGAUGAUUAGCUUGCAGUUAUGUAUCCCCAACUGGGGAUAACAUCAACAAGUUCCUCAUCUCACAGAUGAUACCUUAACAAGUGAUGUGUUCCUGUUAAGGUAUCACAUGUGAGAUGAGGAACUUGUUGAUGUUAAUUUUGAUCACUUGGUUAAAGUAUUGUUCUGUGUCUUCACUGUGUAUUUCCCCCUUGCAACAAAUAGGCAGUGUGUGAGAAGGUGCUUUAGAUUGAGUAUUUUGUUCCCCUACAAACAUCGCCUGUUUUCCUCCCCUGAUUUAGCAAUACUUGAUGAUUCUUACCCAAUCCAGUCUUUAUUACGAUGAUUGUAAAAUGGUGUUUUAAAAAUAUUGCUAUGUUCUCCUUUUCUCAGCAUUUUACUGAAAGGAAUUGUCCUCUUACUGGCAUCUAUCUACUUACCUACCUACCUAUCAAUCAUCUAUCAUCUGUUUGUAUUUUAAGUAUAGACUUGUAGAUUUCUGUUUUAUUCAGUGGAUUAUAAUCUGCUAUUAAUACUAUAUUUAUUCAUGUCAUUGUUAAAAUUGUCUGAGAUUGGUCUUGAGGGAGCCCCUCAAAUCUGGUUCCUUUUGCUAUGUUCCCAACAUGUUUUGAGUGCUUACUUCCUGGCAAAAGAAGACAUUCUAGACUCAUCUUGUACCUUUUCUGCCUCAGCCCUGGAAUCAGCCAUUUCUCCAAAGAACCUAGAGGUUCCAUUUAGGAGGAAUGGUGUUUAGAAACUAAGAUCUGAGAACUUGGUGUGCUUAUUGGCUCCUGAGAUACAACUGAUCCAUCCUAGGUUCUUUUGGCUGGCAGAGCAAGAAAGCACACACACACACAUUUAUAUACAAAUCUCUUUUUUAGAGAUUGUGAGUUCAUACUGUUACCUCCAAUUUCUACACUUGAUCUUAGCCAAAAGGCCAAGUUAUACCUCCAGCUUCUAACUAGAAUUUUUCCUUGCCUCUCUGAUUCAUAUUUGUUUCUCCCUUUACCCACUAUGAUUACAUUUGUGUGUGUUUUUAAGAAUUCCACAUAAUUGAUGUGCUUGUUUAGAAUGUGUCACAUUGUGUCCGAAAUUGGUGGGUUCCUGGUCUCACUGACUUCAAGAAUGAAGCCACGCACCUUCGUGGUGAGUGUUACAGUUCUUAAAGAUGGUGUGUCCGGAGUUUGUUCCUUCUGAUGUUCAGACCUGUUUGGAGUUCCUUCCUUCUGGUGAGUUCCUGGUCUCACCGGCUUCAGGAGUGAAGUAGCAGACCUUCCUGAUGAGUGUCACAGCUCAUAAAUGCAGUGCAUACCCAAAGAGUGAGCAGCAGCAAGAUUUAUUGCAAAGAGUGAAAGAACAAACCUUCCAUAGUGUGGAAGGAGACCCAAGCGGGUUGUGGUUGCUGGCUCAGGCAGCCUGCUUUUAUUCCCUUAUCUGACUCCACCCACAUCCUGCUGACUGGUCCAUUUUACAGAGAGCUGAUUGGCCCAUUUUACAGAGAGGUGAUUGGUCCGUUUUGACAGGGUGCUGAUUGGUGUUUUUACAAACCUUGAGCUAGACACAGUGCUGAUUGAUGCAUUUACAAUCCUUUAGCUAGACACAAAAGUUCUCCAAGUCCCCACUAGAUUAGCUAGACACAUAGCACUGAUUGGUGUGUUUACAAACUUUGAGCUAGACACAGAGUGCCGAUUGGUGCAUUUACAAACCUUGAGCUAGGCAUAAAAGUUCUCCAAGUCCCCACACAACUCAGGAGCCCAGCUGGCUUUGCCUAGUGGAUGCCGCGCUGGGGCUGCCUGCAGAGUUGCCCGCCAGUCCUAUGGCACGCACCCACACUCCUCAGCCCUUGGGCGGUGGAUGGGACUGGACACUGCUGAGCAGGGGGUGGUGCCUGUCGGGGAGGCUCGGGCUGCGCGGGAGCCCACGGGGUUUGGGGUGGGGGAGGCUUGGGCGUGGUGGACUGGAGGUCCCGAGCCCUGCCCUGUGGAGAGGUGUCUGGAGGCCCGGCGAGAAUUUGAGCAUGGUGUGGGCAGGCCGGCAGUGCUGGGGGACCCAGCACACCCUCUGCAGCUGCUGGCCCGGGUGCUAAGCUCCUCACUGCCCAGGGCUGGCGGUGCUGGCCGGCGGCUCGGAGUGCGGGGCCUGCCAAGCCCAUGCCCAUCCGGAACUCGCGCUGGCCUGUGAGGGCCACGUGGGCCACACGCAGCCUGGGUUCCCACCAGUGCCUCUGCUUCCACACCUCCCGGCAAGCAGAGGGAGCCGGCUCCGGCCAGCCCAGAGAGGGGCUCCCACAGUGCAGCGGCAGCCUGAAGGGCUCCUCAAGCGCGGCCAGAGUGGGCACUGAGGCCAAGGAGGUGCCGAGAGCGAGCUAGGGCUGCCAGCAUGCUGUCACCUCUCAAUAUGAGAGUGUAUAAGGUGUUACUAUACAAAUUACUAGUUUUUGUAAACUUUAAUCAUUUGAUUAAAGUGAUCUGCUGGAUUCCUCCCAAUUCUGCCUCUCCCCCAUCCCUCUUUUUCCCCCGUUUUUCCCUUUUAAUUAAUAUCCUGUGUGUGUGUGUGUGUUGGGGGGGAUACUUUGAAACUAUGCAAAUCUUUUGCCAUUAAUUUUAGCAUCCAUUGGUGGGUUUUGUUUGCAACAGUUACAUGUUUGUCUAACAUUGAUUUUCCAUUUCCCUCUUCUACAUUUGGAAAUGGGAAUUUUGCUGGAAUGAGGAGUGAUACCUUUUUUUUACACUUAUUUAUUUAACUAUAUCAGUAAGGACUCAGAUACUUAAUUCACUGGCCUAUAAUCCACUAUAAUAAUUUUUUUGGCCAAGUUGUUGACCAAAAAAUAAUUUUGUUGCUCAAGUUUUUCAUUUUGGCAAUUGGGAACUUUUUCAACUUGGCUUGUGUAUCCUUUCAACAUGGCUUGUGUAUCCUUUCAACAUGCCUAUGGUACAGGAAUUGAGAAGAGAUUACUGAUGCAGAUAGUGAAGGUAUGGAAGUCCUCAGUAAGGUUUUCCUUUUAACUAGGUGGCUCACGCCUGUAAUCCUAGCACUUUGGGAGGCCAAGGUGGGUGGAUUGCCUGAGCUCAGGAGUUCGAGACCAGCCUGGGUAACACGGUGAAACCCUGUGUCUACUAAAAUACAGAAAAAAUUAGCCAGGCGUGGCAGUGUGUGUUUGUAGUUCCAGCUAUUCGGGAGGCUGAGGCAGGAGAAUGGCUUGAAUCCAGGAGGCGGAAGUUGCAGUGAGCUGAGAUUGGGCCACCGCUCUCCAGCUUGGGCAACAGAGCAAGACUCCGUCUCAAAAAAAAAAAAAAAAAAAGAAGAGGAAAGCAGCCCCAAAUCAUUUUCCCUUCUAACAAAGAGCAGCCUGUAAAAUUGAGCUGUGGACAUAGAUGCCGGCGGUUGUGCCAAUCAUGUUCAAAUCAUGUUCAGAAUGGCAGCAGGUCUUCCCUUCUUUGCCAGCCACGUGUACAGUAAGGAGCAGAUAAGAUGGUGCCGGCCAAGGGGAAAGUUCAUUUGCAUAAUAAGCUUAGGGUGGGGCAUCCAGCAUUCCCAGGCAAUAUGAUGGAACCAAUCUAUUAGCCCAAUCUGUGAGCCCUACAUAAAUCAGACACUGCUUCCUCAAGCCAGUCUAUAAAAUCCGGACAUGGGUGGCUGGCUGGCCUUUUCCUCUCCAAAGUCCCUUCUCUCUCACUAGACAGCUGUUUUCCUUUCUCUUUCUUUUGCCUAUUAAACCUCUGCUCCUAACGUCCUUGUGUGUGUCUGUGUCUGAAAUUUUCAUGGCAGGAGAUGACAAACCCCAGGUAUUUACCCCAGACAAUGUAGCCACUUCACCUACAUAAUUAUUUUUAUGUAUUUAUUAUUUCUUAACCUCUAGCACUUGCAGUGUAAGCCUACAUAAUUUUUUGAGCACUUCUUUUUCUAACAACAUGAGGUGUUUCAGGCUCAUCUUGUACCUUCCCUGCCCCAACCCUCAAUUCAACUGUUUCUUCAAGGAGUUCUGAUCUUUUUUUUUUUUUUUUUCUAUUUAUUAGAGAAUGGUAUUUAGAAACCAAGACUGGGUGCCAGGUGUGCUUAUUACUACUGAGUUCUUCCUACUUCCUUUUUUUUUUUUUUUUUGAGAUGCAGUCUUGCUCUGUCACAAGCCUGGAGUGCAGUGGUGUGAUCUCGGCUCACUGCAUCCCCCACCUCCCAGGUUCAAGCGAUUCUCCUGCCUCAGCCUCCUGAGUAGCUGGGAGUCCAGGCGUACGCCACCACGCCCAGCUAAUUUUUGUAUUUUUAGAAGAGAUGGGGUUUCAUCCUGUUGGCCAGGAUGGUCCUGAUCUCUUGACUUUGUGAUCCACCUGCCUCAGCUUCCCAAAGUGCUGGGAUUACACGCAUGAGCCAUCGCGCCCGGUCUGAGUUCUUGCUACUUCUACAUUCCAUCAGUGGACAUUUAGAAAAUAUGUGUAGACUAAUAUACACACACAUGCCUCUAUACUUUUUCAUCCAUGUUUGUAACUUUAUUUUGAACUCAUUUCAAAUAUACAGAAAAGUCACAAGAAUCAUUUAGUGAACUCCUAUUUUUUCCCAUGUCCUCCAAUAAGUAUUUGCUUUGUUUUAUCAUUUUCUCUCUACAUCUAUAAUUUUGGGAAUUAUUUGAGAGCAAAUUGUACACAUAAAUUUCCUUUAUUCCUCAAUUCUUGUAUUUUCUAAAAACACUAUUCUGACCCCCAUUGUUUCUGAUGAGCAGUUGAUCAUUCAAAUGAAUGUCACUGUAUAUAGUGUGUCAUUUUUUAGUGACUACUUUCAAGAUUUUCUUUUUUCAUUUGGUUUUCAGCAAUUUGAUUAUGGUAUGCUUUGGUGCAAUUUACUUUAUAUUUAUUAUCUUGCUUGGGUUUUGAACCACGUGAAUCUAUAAAUUUAUGUCUUACGAAAUUUGGGAAAUGUCAUUCUCAUUUUUUUGUCCCUAUAAUAUGUUAAAGUUUGAUAUGUUGAAGUUCCUGAUCGUUACGUGAUUCUGUCAAUUUCACCUUGUAUCUCUUGUAGUUUUUACUUCAUAUAGGUUGUUGCUGUGUUAUUUGGUGCAUAAAUAUACAUAAUAGUUAGAUGUUCAUUGUAAAUUGUGGAUUUUACCAUUGUAAGGUUUCACUCUUCAUCUCAUUUAAUACUUUUGGUCUGAAUUCUACUUUGACAUUAGGAUCAUAACCCUCCAUUCUUAUUUCUAAUUGCCUGGUUUAUAUUUGUUCAUCCCUUUAACUUUUUUGAGUUACUGUUUUAAUGUGUCUCUUAUAUACAACAUAUAAUUGAAUUUUACCCUGUGAGUCAAUUUGAAAAUCUUUUCAUGUUAAUGUACCCAUUCAUAUUUUUUGUAUGACUGAUAUGUUUGGACUCAACUCUGGCCAUAUUAGUCUGUGUUAAAAUUACUAUGUAUUGUUGAUAUUUGUUAUUUUUUCUGUAUCUAGUUUGUCUUUUUUGUUAUUUUGCUAUUUGUAUUCAGGAAGGUUUGUAUUUUUGUUGUAGUGGUUUUCUUUAUAUAAUUUUUAUAGGGGCCUUUUCUCUUAUUUCGCUUUUCCUGUCUUGCCUGUCAGUUUUAAAUUCUAUCCUCUGACUCCAACUUAUUUAUUGAACAGUUGGUGAUGUUACUCUGCUUCUCUCUCUCUCUUUUUUCUCCCAUUUUAUUUAAUUAACAUUCUUUGAAUGUUAGAACAUAUGACAUUUCCAUACAGUCAAACAAUGUCCCUAUCCUUGUUUUAUUCUUACCUCUACAAUUAUAUAUAUUAAAUUCAUUUUUUUUUUGUUGUUAUUCAUACUUUUCUUCUAAUCCUCUUGACCAGGUUAACUCUUACUCUGUUAAAACUUUUAAAAACUGUUUUGGAGGUAAGACUUUCAGAAAGCCAUCUUUCUGCUUCGUCAGCUGUCUCUUUUGCCCCCAUCCCCUGUCUCAGUGCAGCGCUCUAGGAACACAUUCCAGAAAGCCAUGAAGGCAGGAUUUGAUUUUGGAAAGAAAUAAAAACUGGAAAUAAUUGUCCAGAGUAAUUUUUUUCUGAGUUGAUAUGAUGCUCUCAAAUCUGCUGCAUUGAAGAACCUAUACUUCAUUACUUUGGAAGUUGUGAAUUCAUUUUUUUUAACCACAUGUUUCUACAUGGUUUGGUUUUAAUUUAUUUAGUUGAGCCUGAAUUGAGGGAAGUAUUUAAAUACUUUGUAAACUGCCAUUGAUUUCCUAGAGGUGACUAGAAUUCAGUCUUCUUAGAAUCUAGCAUCCCAGCAGCUUUUGAAGUCCCACCAGUGUAUAGUCUUAAAAAUGUGUGUCCAUAACAUUGAAACAAGCAUUAAACGAUUUUAUCUCUCUAGAUGAGUUUCAGCCAAAGCCUAUAAUUGUUUUUCUCAGACUAUUGCAUGAAAGUCAAUAAAACCCAAGCCAAGCAUUAUUGACUUUUGAUACCAAAACUUUAUUUUUUAAAAUGGCUGUCAUUAAGAUUUGGCAGUUGCAUUGCUUUAUCUCCCCUGACCCCUUCUGUCAAUGAGAUUAUCACAAAAGAAGAAUCAGCCUAAAACUCUUCUUUGACAUAUCAGGUAUUUUUACUGUGUUAUUUUAAUUCAACACAACAUCAUGAAUCAAACAUUCUGGUUUCUACUGCAAUUUCUCUAGUUGGUUUUCUCAACUAUAUUAUGAAUCUUAAUAGUUGAAAAAUUAUUUAGACUUAUAAAAAUAUAUAUUUGGUAAUUAGUUGAUAAGGAUUGCCAUUUUAAUCUCACCACAUUUCAAGAAGCUAACUAAAACUGUUCUCUUUUUUUUCUAGUUUUGUAACACUUGGAAAGAACUUAAAAUGUUAUUGUGCUUCUUGCAGGUUUUCUUUUUUCUUUUCCACAUGGAAACAGAAGGCUGUGUAGGUGCCUUGUAAAAGUCUGUCUUGGUGACAUCCCUAACAAGAACCUAAAGCAAUCUUGCUAAAAAAUAUUUCUGAGUUACAGCUUUGAAAUAUUCUAAAACAGAAAAUUCAUUAACUGGAAAGAAAAUGUAACCAUUUGACCACAUUUGCCAGUGAAUUUCCUUCCUUGGUUAGAGGAGGAGAAUUCUUUGUCUUAAAUUACCUGGUAAUUGUAUUGACAAUAUCAGCUCAUUUACCUUUGCAAUACAAAUGAAGGAUGAGAUGGGGGGUUGCUAAUUGCACCAGUCUUUGUAAAGGUUUAAUGGAGUUUAGUUUUUCUCUUGUUUAUCCUUGUCAACCCUGAGUAUCUCACUGGAGACAGAAAGUAGAGGUAAAGUGUUACAUAGUAGAAAGGCCCUGUUCAGGUGGCAAGAAGUCCCAUUAAUGACCAUGGGUUUUCUGGGCUUCAUAUUCUCAUUUAUAAAGUGAUCCGAUUAAAUAAGAUUACCUCUAGAGUCUUUUCUAUUUCUAAAAUGCUAAGAUGUGGUAACCAAAAUGUUACCAGAAAUGGAUCCCAAUCCAGAGACCAAGAGGGUUCUUGGACCUCACACAAGAAGGAAUUUGAGGUGAGUCUAUAAAGUGAAAGCAAGUUUAUUAAGAAAGUAAGAGAAUAAAGAAUGGUUAUUUCACAGGCAGAGCAGUGGUAUAGGCUGCUCGACUGAGUAUACAGAUAGUUAUUUCUCGAUCAUAUGCUAAACAAGGGGUGGAUUAUUCAUGAGUUUUCUGGGAAAGAGGUGGGCAAUUACCACAACUGAGGAGGGUUCCUCUUACUUUUAGACCAUAGGCGAUAACUUCUGGACAUUGCCACGGCAUUUGUAAACUGUCUUGGCACUGGUGGGAGUAUCUCUUAGCAUGCUAAUACAUUAUAAUUAGCGUAUAGUGAGCAGUGAGGAUGACCAGAGGUCACUUUUGUUGCCAUCUUGGUUUUGGUGGGUUUUAGCUGGCUUCCUUUUCACUUGGUGUUUUAUCAGCAAGGUCUUUGUGAACUGUAUCUUGUGCUGACCUCCUAACUCAUCCUGUGACUAAGAAUGCCUAACCUCCUGGGAAUGUAGCCCAGUAGAUCUCAGCCUUGUUUUACCCAGCCCCUAUUCAAGAUGGAGUCACUCUGGUUCAAACACCUCUGACAAAAAUCCUUCUAAAAAUGUUUAAUAUAGAAAUUGAGAUCUUCUAAUAUUUUUCUAUUACUGUGGUAUAUCACUUCUUUCCCUUUGUGCACCCUACUUAAAAUUUCAACUCACUCAGAAGAUACAGGAGCUGACUGUCCCUGUGGCUGUGCUGUAUCGGAACACUGCCUACCUUAAGGAAAGAACUUUGGAGGUCUCAGGCUUUGAAUUUUAUUUCCUGUAGUUUUUUUCUCUCUGAAAUCUUAUAUAGGCUUUUCCUGAGUAAGGGUCAUUUUCACUUAGCUUUUUGAUGGUAUAAUGGACUGAAUGUUUGUGUCCCCCCUCUAAGUUCAAAUGUUGAAGGCCAAACCCUCCUUGUGGCUGUACUUGGAGAUGGGGGCCUCUUAGGCAACUCUUAGGAAGCAAUUAAGGUUGGAUGAGGUCCUAAGGGUGGGGUCCUGCUAGGAUUAGCGUCUGUAUAAAGAGAGACACCUGAGAGCUUCGCCCUGCUAGGAUUAGCGUCUGUAUAAAGAGAGACACCUGAGAGCUUCGCCCUGCUAGGAUUAGCGUCUGUAUAAAGAGAGACACCUGAGAGCUUCGCCCUGAUAGGAUUAGCGUCUGUAUAAAGAGAGACACCUGAGAGCUUCGCCCUGAUAGGAUUAGCGUCUGUAUAAAGAGAGACACCUGAGAGCUUCGCCGUGAUAGGAUUAGCGUCUGUAUAAAAAGAGACACCUGAGAGCUUCGCCUACACGCUUCCCCACUGAGGGAAGACCAUGUGACUAUACAACAGGAAGGUAGUUGUUUACAAGCCAGGAAGAGAGCCCUCACCAGAAACCAAAUUGGCUGGCACCUUGAUCAUGGACUCCUGGGCUCCAGAACUGUAAGAAAAUACAUUUGUGUUGUGGAAGCCACCCAGCCCAUGGUAUUUCGUUAUGGCAGCCUGAGCAGAGGUGGUAGCUAUGUGGACAGUUUUUGGACUUCUCUAUUGAGGAGGGAACAGAGAGAGGGCAGGAGGAAGAGUGGGGAAGAAACUCAUACACUGUUUACAGAUGAGAAAACAGAAGCAAAGGCAGAAAGAUGCUACAUUGCCAGCUUUGAAGAUGGAGGGAAGAGGUCACAAACCAAGGAAGGUGAGUGGUGCCUGGAAGUUGGAAAAGGCAUGGAAACACAUUCUUCUGUAAAGCACUUAGAAAGAAAUACAGUCUUCCAAAAUGUUGAUCUUAGCCAGGCAAUGAGGACCUUGCACAGGAGAGUCCCUGAUACCCAGAGUUUACUGCCUAAGAGAGGAUACAUCCUUCAAACCAAUAAUCUGCUAAUAGCAAGAUCCAAUAGCUUCACGGAUAUUGAAAGAAACUGAGAAUCAAAUUUGCAUACUUCUGAGUCACUUGGAAACAAAAAACAAGUACAGUCUUAGAUUCUGAGGGAACAAAAAUUAAAAAUCACAUUAGGGAGAGAAUUCCUAAUGUAGGAACUCAUCCUGGAAGAUUCUUCAGCAAAAGUACAGACAAUAAUAAUAAUACUCCAUGAAGUUACCAUCGAUAUUGAAUGAAUUAAUGAAUGUAAAAACCUCAAAACCCUGCCUGGCCCAGAGCUUUGGAAUGGGUUUGGAUCUACCACUCAACCACUUUAUGACUUCAGACCAGUUAUUUAAAUUCCCUGAAGCUCAGUUUCCACAUCUUUGAGAUCCCAAUUCUGUCAUUGUCCUGCAUUCUAUCCGGAAGAGUCAAUGUCUGCACUCUUUUUAUAGACCCGGUUCCUUUGAGUGGAGAGUUGGACAGAUCACAACAUUUUUUAUUAAUGACCUGCCGACAUCAUACAGUUCAUGAAAUGCUCUGGAUGCGUACAUGCUGAUGAUACGACCUCAGACCCAGCAAGAGCUCAGGCAAGUGUGCAGGCAUUGUGUGUUUAAACUAGAGAUUCAUUGAGUGAUGCUCACAACACAGAUACAAAUUUUUCCCCAAGUAUACAGGCUGACAAUUUUUUUUCUAACUACACAGAGCAAUCCUGGAUAAUUUUAUAUUUGCCUACUUUAUAAAUGGAGGUAGGAGCACAACUAGCUGAAAUAGAUGACGAAAUGAUGAAAUGUGUAUCUGGGCUUUUAUAUACCAUCCUAUUCCCAUAUCAAAUGUAAUAUAAUUUUAGGUGGUAAAAACUUAACAUUUCACAAGUGUGCUAUUUCCCACUGAAUAAUUUUUUUAAAAAUUGGUUGUUUAUACCCAUCUCUCUGAAUGUAAAUAUGAAGUUAAUACCCCAGAAUGCUCUUUUCUUAAAUUUGGAAAAUUACCAAGGAGGAAAAUAUUCUCUGUAGUAGCACAGCAUUCUUUGAGACUAACUUGUCAAUUACAAUUUUGUAUUCAUCCAAGUGAUAAAACACAUGUAAGGCCUGAAUGCUCACUGGGUAUAGUCCAUAUCUUUAGAAGUAACUUCUCAACUCACAGAAGUCUCCCUUCACUGCCUGCUUUGUAGACGGCAGGACUCUGGACCACAUUUAAUAUUAUAAGAUUCCCUGAACUUCCCUUGGACCAAAGCAGAGGAAUUGCGUUUGUAGAUGGAAACAGAAGAACAAACCAAGUUUGAAUGGAUGACCUUUGCGGCUGGGUUUUCAGUAUGUCUUGGGUCAGAGGCAGCCAGACAUUCUGUUCCGAGAGCUCUUCAGACGCUCAUAAUGAACCUCUCUUGUCUGUAGAAGUUGUGCAUGUACUAAUGACAUAGAGAUGUGAGGGACAGUUUCUGUACUCAAGGAGCUUAUAUUCCCAUGUCAAUAGUAGUUAAAGGAAUGUGUUUUGAGCAAGGCUGCCUGGUUUCAAUUUCUGGUUCUGCCACCUGGCAGAGUAACAUUGGGCCAGUGGCUUAUCCCUUUUGGCUUCAGUUUCCUCAUCACUAAUAUACAUUUCAUAAUCAUACCUCCCUCAUGGAGUUUUUGAGGGUCCAAUUUGAUAAUACAUGUAGGGGGCUUGCAAAAGUGACACACAUUGAAAGUACUGAAUAAGUGUUUAGCCAUGAUUAUUAUUAAAGAAAUAAGCAUUCUACGAUAAGGUAAGUGCCACAGAAGUAGAAACGAAACACUCUGAGAGCACAAGAUGAGAAUCAAUUCUAUCUUAAGGAAACGAUGAUUGGCUGGAAGAGAACUUCAUAGAAGAGAUGAAAUUGUAAAAUACUAAUAGCCAUUCUUUACUGCACAGUUGCUAUGUUAUAGGCACUGGACUGAGCACCUCAAAGACUUAAUCUUAUUUAGUUCUCACAACAAUGCUCUGUUUAAUGUUUCUUCUUUUACAGAGGACACAGAGGCUCAGGAAGACUGAGUAAUUUACCACAGGUCCUAAAGCCAGGAGGUGAUAGAGCUGGGAUGCAGCUGGAGUCAGUGCUAGAUUCACACCUAGGUUUAAGUGCACUGAUGCUCAUGCUCCUAACAACUAUAUAACAGUUCCUUCUCCCUUAAGCUUAUCUUCAAAGGAUGCAUGUGAGUUUGCUGGUUGAAGAAGGGUGCUAGGCAAAUAAUAAUUUGACACAGUGGGGAAAAUAUGUGCAAAAGUAACAAAAGGUGUGAAAAUAGGCUACAAGAGUUUGGGGACCACAUGGUAAAAGGCCAUUUAGGUCAUGCUAAAAAGCUUGGAUUUGGGCUUGGGAAUAGUGGAAAGCCAAUCAGAUGUGCAUGUGAGAAAAGAAACAGAGUGGGCAUUGGUUCUGGAUGGAUUGGAGGGCCAUGACAUUUGGAGGUGGGAAGCCUUUAGAAAGAGGUUUGUUAUAUCAGUCUGGGCAAGAAAUAGUGAGAGCUUGAAGUUAGGAAGUGAGGGGAGAAUUAGAGUAGAAACAACCGAUUUGAGAAGCUUUUCAGUAGCCGAUUGAACAAGGUUUGACACCUGAUGGCAUCAGUGAGGGAGAGGUAGGCUGAGGCUGACUCAGGUCUCAGGCCCCGUGGCUAGUGGUUGAAAUGAAUGGAGAUGGUAAAUAGAAGCAGCUUACAUAAAAUCCAUUUAAGGAUUUGUUAGGUAAAAUCAGUAUUAAGAAAUAGCAAAACUUCUAAAGGAGGUGUUAAGGAUAUGAGGGGGCGUUUUCAGAGAAGAUUUACAUUUGACAAUGCAAACUUCUAUUGUCUGUAAGAAGAGGAAAGGAGAAACUAAAGGUACCAGCACCUUGGAAAUUUUCCAAUUGCCAUUACAGGCUCUUAGAGGGUCAGCGGAAAUGGCAAGUACGCACAACUUUCAAUUACAGUAAAAGCUCACUGAUUUGGAUUAAUUGGGGUAAAGGGCAGCCUGACUAAAUAAAAGUCUGAUUUAUAGAAAAAAUUUAAAUAAAUUCAGUUUGAUUACUUUUAAGUAUUUUAAGCUAACUCUGUUUUUAUUUAAAAUGUCAAAUUGCUAAGGAUGAUUUGUGAAUAAUAUAAAAAAGACCCAAUAUAGAGGGCAAUUAUAUUAAUUAAUUAAUUAGAUAAAUAUUUAGUGCCCAUCAUAUGCCAGGCAAUAGUGACCAUAAAUGAUGCCUCUAAGUGUCACAAUCACUUUAUGUUUAAAAAUAACCAUUUUCCUUUCUUCUUGCAGAUCCAAAUCUUUAAAAGGCAUACAUAUCUGAAAAAUCGGUCUCAAAAUGAGUUGCCUUGUAAGCCUUUUCUUGUUUUAUAAAAAGGAGAAAGUUCUCCACUUAGAUAAUCACAAUUCGUGAAAUGAGAACUUAAGGAGGUUUUCCUGUACCAGAGACUCCUAUGGGUCUCUAUGCUUCUAUUUUUACAACUUUUCGGUCCAUCUUCCUGUAGUGGGCAUUGUUUCUAAAAGGCAAAACUGACCCUGUUGAUUCCAGGUUUCAGCUCCUCCCAUUUUGGGUAUUAUCUACAGGAUAAAAUCCAAGCAAGUUCUUUGGCAUAGAAUUCAAGGCUGGUCACAUCACAAUUCUUAUCUCUCUAUGUAAUGAACUCAAAAUUUCCACCUGCCUUGCUUCUCACACCCUGCUGCUCCUUGUGUCUGUAUUUUUGCAUAUGCUGUUCCAUCUGUUUAGCAGUCCCUUCCUAUUUUAUCUUUGUACUUAUAUUCAUUCUUCAAAACCUUGCUUAGGAGGUACUUCCUGUUUUCUUUCCCUUCUAGACAGAAUGACUCAUUCCUUUGUCUGUUUCACUUCUGUGAUUCUAAUAUUGCUUGUAUCACAUGGACAUAUGUUUAUUUGUUUAAAUGUGUCUCUCCCUCACUAGACUACAGAUUCCUUGAGGUCAAGGGCCUUGUGGCAUUUAACUUUGUCUCUAUGUACCAAGCACAGCACCAAACACAAGAUAGACACUAAUAAGUUAAUUACUGAAUUGAAUUGAGCAGAGUGUUCUUAACUACUGUGGGCACUAUCAAAGUUGCUAGCUUUGCCCUUUCAUCCUGCCCACUUGCAUUCAAUUUACUCUUACCAUAACAAAAUACUGGUCGGCAUGGGUGGAAGCAGGGGUAAUUGGUUGUGAUUGUUAAUUUUAGGUGUCCACUUGAUUGGGUUAAGGGGUACUUAGCUGGUAAAACAUUUCUGUGAGGGGUGGGUAGCAUUUUUAGAGAUUAGCAAUUGAAUCAGUAGACUCAGUAAAAAUGAUCCAUUCUCACUCAUGUAGGCAAGCAUCAUCCAAUAUGUUGAGAGCCCAGAUUGAACAAAAAUGAGAAGGAAGGGUGAAUUUGCUUUCUCUUUUUGAGAUGUAGGAUAUCCUUUUUCUCCUACCCUUGGAGAUGAGAACUCCAGGUUCUUGGGCCUUCAGACUCCAGUGGUCCUACAGGUUCUCAGGCCUUUGGACUCAGAUGAAUUACGUCACUGGCUUCCCUGGUUCUCAGCUUGCAGGUAGCACAUUGUGGGACUUCUCGGUCUCUAUGAUUACGAGUCAAUUCCUAUAAUAAAAACCCUCUUUACCUAUCUAUCUGUCUUUCUGCCAAUCUGUCUGUCUAUCCUAUUGGUUCUAUUUCACUAGAGAACUCUAAUAUUGGUAAAAUUUAAAAUCAGAUAAUGUUAUUUCUUGCUAUAAUUUUGGGUUGAAAGGGUACUUUACUAUGAUGCAUAUGUAUUUUCUUGCCUUUAGAUUUAUCUGUACAUUCCUUUCCCAGUUCUUCAACCCACUCCCAUCACAUCUUCUUUCUAUCACUGCCUCUCUAUCACUUUCUGUCUAGGUUCAAAGUCAAGUCCAUAAUUAGAUCAGAACUUUAUGUCUCGAUUUAGUGAUGUGUCAUCAGAAGCUCAGAAUAUUUCACAUUUUGCGGUUAGGCACAUUUAAGUGCUAUCAUUCACCUCCAUAAAUUCAUGCUACAUUUAAUCUUCUGACUAUUAGCUUUCUCCACUGUCCAACCCUCCCAGCAAUUCUGUCUUAGGGCACCUAAGAGUAAGUGAUUGCUAUGACAAGAAGAUAAGUAAUUAAUUAGAUUGAUGUUCAAAGAGUCCCCCGCAAGUUGUCAAUACCCAUAUUUAUAUCAUAAUGCUACAAUUUUGGCAGAAUUAUUUCCUUUUUAUGAAAAUCUGAUGAAGCAAUUUUCAGAUUUCCUGACAUGAAUCAAAAAUGUGAAAAAUACAGAUAUAGACCCAUACUCCUGUUAACUUUCCUCCAUUCUGAGUAAUUUUACACUUUGGGAUUUUAAGUUGGGAAAGAAUAAUAAUCAAAUAUGGUUAAGAAUGGGUUUUCAAACAAACUUUCUAGUCUGUUUUUGAAAAGUCAAGGCAUUCUAAUAUAACUUCACUUAUUAAAACAGUUUAGUAAGAGAGUCUGAAUAAGCAUUUUUAAUCCUUGCUGGAUUAUAGCAAAAUACAGAGGAAAUGGUAAAAAGAUUUUUCUUAAUUUCUAUAAAAAGUAAUUUAGUAAUUGGAGAUGCUUCUAAAGUGCUACAGAAUGUAGUAUGUGUGAGGCUUUAAAUACUCUCUCUCUCACACACACACACACAAAUAGUAUUACAAGGAACAAUAAACACAGAAUCAUUCCUAAAACUACCCAGAGAGAAAAUGAGUAGUGAAAUUUAUACUAGGUGAUUGUUUUAAAAUUAUCCAAUGAACAUAAAGUCCAUACCACAUUUUUAUAUAUCCAGAUGUUCUAGAGGUUGAUGUUUAGGAUGUUGCAUAUAAUUAGAAGUUUAGAUGUCUAUGGAACCCUGAUAGUGUUUUUCCUGGGUGAACUAAUUUUGUUAUCCAUAGUAAGUUGGAGAAAAUAACAAAACAAAAUGAUAGGUGUUUUAUCAGCAUUAUUGUUCAGAAAUGCUGAUUCUUUUACUUGAAACCCGUAUUGUUAAACUUUCCAUUUUAUGUCACUGAAAAAGGCAGAUUUAAUACUAACAAAAAGCUAUUGUGAAAAGGCUUCCCUGGGUCCUUGACUACUGCAUGAAAAAAGUUAAUCAAUAAAGGAAGCCUAUCACAGAGGAUCAUAAGUUCUACAACUGAUGAUCCCAGGACUGUAAUUGGCCUUCUUGUUUGUAUUAUUACUCAUCAAAGCUGGAUAAUUACUAACACCAGCAGAAGACAGCCCCUCACUGCCCUUUGUGUAAAGGAACCUUCAGUUGGCAUAUCCCUUAAUGAUAGUCUUUGAAAUCUUAUCGAUGAGCAUAUUCAAUUCUACUUUUCAAUUGUGUUGAUAAUAUAGUAUUUUAGCAUUUUGGAAGUGCAAAAUUCAUGAAAUCAUGUCUGUCCAGUAUCCAGAUAAAGUCACUCUGUGCCACCUGGUGAAUGUCCAUUUAAGAACAAGCAACAAGUUCAGGUUCUGUUCACCUCCACUUCUGGAACUAGGGCCUCUUGAUAAUCUUUGGGGAUACUUUUAAGUGUGGGGCUUUGUUGAAGGCAAACCUGAAGGGAGACUGUGAGUAGCUUCCUUGGGAUAUCUACUGUGAUUUUAUGAUCCUAGUUCAGUUGAACACAAAUACAUUAAGUAUCAAGAAACUGCACUUGCUCCAAGAAGGUGAUGGCGGUGGUAAUAGUUUGGAUAACCCCUCAUAAUCAUAUCAUGAUAUCUAAAAUAAAUGAAGUGAACAUUUUUACACCAUUAUACCCUACAAUACAAUUCAAUAAACAUUAUUAAAUGCCUCUUGUAUGAAAGGUCCAGGGAUAAAAAGUCACCUUUACAAAAUAAAUGAUUAUAAACAUUCUAAUUAUAAGAGUUCACUUUCCAAAAGCUCUGUACCAUUCAUUGUCCCUGUGGAUCAACCUUUUAUCAAUUUCUCAAUGCUAGUGCUUGGAUUACUUAGCUUUAAGUCAUAAGUUUACUGCAGUCAUUCAUUCAUUCAUUCAACAUAUUUGUUGGGUGGUUGGGAUGUGUAGGCAUUAUACUAGUUGCUGCAACUGAAGAACUCCUGGGGUUCUUGACUAUGUUAACUGCCUUCCUUAGCCCUAGACGGAUCCUUUUUCCUGACUUAUACCACAGGCUUCAAUCCUGACUCCUCCCCUAUUGAUUCAAGCUGUGAUAUAAUUCUUGACUGGGUGAAUUAUUUUACUCUGCCUGGUCUGCUGCUUGUGGCUCCUAUCAUCAACUCCUGGCCUUAAACCCUGAUAUCUGGGCUUAACUCCUGCCUUACUGGUCUCUGUCCCAGGACCUAGCUGUGGGUUCUUGGGCUUAUCUUUGAUUUGUGUAUGGCUAUUAUUACUAGAGUUCUGCUGUUGCUCUCACAGAUAAUUUAGGGGGUCUAUGCCAGUGUAAGAGUGUUUCUACUGAUGGCUCCAGGUCAGCAUAUUCUCUCAGCAAAAGAGUGUAUCUGCUAUCUACUGCCACAAUAUGCACUGUAACGAGCAACCAUAACACACAACCCAGUAUAAAACAGUAAGCAUUUACUUAGCUCAUGAGUCUUUGGGUGGAGAGGAGAGUUGCAUUCUGGCUGGCAAGUCACAUACAAGGCAGGUUUAUUGAUUCUGCUGGGCUUUCUCACAUGUCUGGGGCCUAGGCUUGGACAACUGGACUGAGUCAGCCUUUUUCUUUACAGUCUCUCAUCUGCAAGCAGGUCAGCUGGGUUUAUGUUCAUGGCAGUACCAGGCUUCUAAGAAAGAGAGAAGGCAAGCAAGGAUACUUGAGGCCUAGGCUCUGUACUAUGACAGUGUCAGUUUCACUGACGCUUUUUGUCAAAAUAAGUCACAAGGGCAGCCCAGAUGCAAGGAGAGGGGAAGUAGCUACAAAAAAGUUGAAGAGUGUAGCUGCAAAGUCACAAUUAGGAGUCUGGAAAACUGGGGCAACAUUUGCAAUCAGUCUUCCAUAGUGAAUUGGUUUCCAACCAUUAAACAUUGUGUUUCUCGACAGUCUUUAGCUUGGACUUGGGUAGGAGUGGGGAUGUGAGCCUGAAGUAUGGCAGAGAGAAGGGAGACUGAUAUGGGUUUGGCUAUGUGUCCCACCCAAAUCUCAUCUUGAAUAGUAGCUCCCAUAAUUCCCAUGUAUUGUGGGAGGGACCUGGUGGGAGAUAAUUGGAUCAUGGGGGUGGUUUCCCCCAUACUGUUCUCGUGGUAGUGAAUAAGUCUCAUGAGAUCUGAUGGUUUUAUAAGGGGUCUCCCCUUUUGCUUGGCUUUCAUUCUCUCUUGUCUGCCACUAUGUAAGAUGUGCUUUUUGCCUUCUGCCAUGAUUGUGAGGCCUCCCUAGCCAUGUGGAACUGUGAGUCCAUUAAACUUCUUUUUAUUUAUAAAUUACUCAGUCUCGGUUAUCUCUUUAUCAGCAGCAUGAAAACGGACUAAUACAGAGACUAACAUGAUAUUUUUCCAUCACCCUAUAGUGCAGCCCGGAGAGCUGUGAGCAGUGCCACAGGAGGAGAUGACUGGUAAGUGAAAUAAGCAAGAUAGGAGUUGAAGUGUACAUGAAGCAGAGUCCAAGCCUUCUCCUUCUGGAUGUUCAGCUGGAUCAUCCUGACUGCUCCCACUUUCAUCUUGGCUUUCAAAGGCAAGAGGAAAUUAUAAGGAAUAUUCUGAGUGGCUUUCAUCCAGGAGUUCUGUGGGACCCGCAACACCUGGAUGGUAGAUGCAAACAGAUAAAGAAUAUUGGUCACCAAAAGGAGUUCUUUUCAUCAUAGGUCUCUGAAGGUAGACACCUAUUUUCAGACUUCUCAAAGGUAUGUAGCAUGUGGUGGUAGUGAUGGCAGGAUGUUUCCAAUGCAGGCUAUUUCACAAAUUUAAAGGUAUUGUUGCUUCUUGUUUAACAUGCACACCUAUUUGAUUUGCCUUCAAAAAUAAAAUGCUUUUUUAUUCUGUUGUUUCAUCCUUUUAGUUACCCAUACUCACUGAAUUGAAAACAUAGUGGGCCAAACAAUAUUUUCUUUUUCUAAUAUAUUUUAGAGACAAAAUUUAUCUCCAGGGAAGCAUUAAUACAGAAAGUUUUUGCUGAGAAGCAACAUAUAUUUGCUCAGGUUCUUGAAGUAUUAUUGUUGAGUGCUGUGCACUUGUACCACAUGGUUUUUAGGAUAAAUGAGCUUGUACUGGCUUGGCUUAGCAGUAUUUUUUGGGGUGAGUUUACAAUGGGUAUACUCCAUGUGUCCAAUUCACUCUAUUUAAGUAUAAUUUAUUUCUGUUUCUUUGUAGUUUAUUUAUAUCUGAAUGCUUACUUUAACAUUUGGUUAGCAUUUUAUUUACUCAUAAGAAUGCAUUAGCUACAAAGAACAAUCCCUCUCUUGUCAUCAGACAAUUACAUUUAAUUAUCCCUAUAUGAGUAAGAUGUAUAAAAUGAUGGCAUCUCAGAGUCUCCAGAGACGACCGUCAUUAUUUCUCAGCUCUACUGAUGCAAAAGAGAUGAGUUUAUUUUCCAAUUUUAUGUCUUUUUCUCCUCUAUGCUGGAUAAUCCUCAGAAACACCUGUGACUUUUAUUCAACUUUUUGACUAACAAUUGUCAUGGUGUCUAACACGUUUUAGGCGUUGUUUGACAAAACACUUCCUGGCAAUGAGUUGACAAUAGGUCUUUCUUCACUUUCUUGGCUCUUUCUCCCACCUCUGACACAGCACUGCCCCCAGGUGGGAGAAGGAAGGUGAAGCCUAGAAAAAGAUAUCACCUCAUGUGACCCUAUGGAACACGUCGUAUUUCUGGCUGAAGAAGCUGAAGAUGAAAGAUGCAAAGGCAUGAAAGUGAAUGACAUAGUCUAAGGAAAAAGCAAGAAGUUCUGUUUGGCUAAAACACAGAAUUAUGGAGAUAAGCCAGCAUAGAGAGGGUGGAUCUAUGACAAUCCUCUAGGAUGUGAGGAGCCUUUGAAGAUUGUUUAACAGAGAGUUUCAAUAUCUAGUGGCAUUGAGGAAGAAAAAGUUAAGAGAAGAGCAUUAAAGAUGGGGGUGAUAGUUAAAAAAAAUCUGUUGCAAGAGAUAGACAAGACAGGACUAAAGCAGUUACAGACGGGGCUUUAUUUUGUUUCUCUUGUGAGACAUUUUAGAGAUUGUGUUGACAGAAUUGGAUGUUAAGGGUAAAUGAGAGAGGAAGAAUUAGAUAAUGAUGUUAAAUCUGACUGGGAAAUGACAAUAUUACUAAUGGUGCUGGUAGAAAUAGGAAAAGAGAUGAGUUCAGUUUUAGGUGUACUAAAUAUGAUGCAGGAAAUCAAAGUUGAGGUAGUCAAUUAACUGAGAGAAGUUGCAUCCUGUGUUCAGGAGAGAAUUUGGGGGUAAGAGUUAUAGAUUUAGGAGUCAUUGACAUAUGUGAGACUAGCUGAAGACAUGAAAUGAGUUAGAUUGCCCAGGAAGGAGGUGUGGACUGAGAAAAUAAGCAUGGCAAGGAUGGGAACAAACAUCAAAAUGGGUGGGACAAAGAAGAGAAAUCAACCAAAGGAAGAGGAGAAGACAAAACAAAAGAUUUUAAAGACAAUUUCUGAUGAAAACUUCUGCAAAUUGUUUCUUUGAUUUAAUCUUAAAACAAUAUUGUAUUAAUAAGUACUAUUAUACUUACGAUAUAGAAUCCAAAUACUUAUUUGGAUAUAUUUGCUUGCAUAUACAGAAGGAUGGAAGCUAGGGAUGGAAAAACCAGUAUUGAUUAUUCUCCUAUUUUAAAGAGAUAUACCCUUCUGAUCAUAUGGGCAAAAUCAUUCCAUGUGUCCAAGACCCUAAUUAAAGCUAGUUUCAAGGCUCAGAGGUAGACUUCCUUGUGUUAUUUGUCUCUAUUUUUUUUUUGUCUUCAGGCACAAUUAGUUUUAAUCAAAUUUGGUAAUUACUUAUUUUUUUAGAUAUGUAAAUAUAGUAUUAUCAAACAGGCCAGGCACGGUGGCUCACACUUGUAUUCUUAGAACUUAGGGAGGCCAAGACAGGAGGAUUGCUUGAGCCCAGGAAUUUGAAACCAGCCUGGGCAACAUGGCAAAAACCUGUCUCUACAAAAAAAUACAAAAAUUAGACAAGAGUGGUGGUGCACACCUGUAGUCCCAGCUACUUGGGAGGCUGAGGCAGGAGGAUCACCUGAGUCCGAGAGGUCAAGGCUGCAGUCAGCCAUGUUUGCACUACUGUACUCCAGCCUGGGUGACAGAGUGAAACCCUGUAUCAAAAAAAAAAAAAAAAAAUUAAA